AUGGACCCCAGACACGCGGAGCCACUGCGUCAGGAUCCCUGGCAGUGCGACCUGCUGGUGAAUAAACUUCAAAUCCAGGCCACUGAGGUCCGCUUCAAGCAUGAGACCGACUUUGUGAAAGCCAGGCUUCUGCAGCCCUACCGGGAUUGCACCACCUGCUUGCGAGAGCUCCCGCGGCCAGACACCAAGCUCAAAGAGACGGUAAGCCGGACACUGCUUUGGCAGGUGAAGGAGGAAGAGCUGCACAUCAAGGCUGGCUUUGGAACAGUGGAGCAGAUCGUCAACAUGAACCUGGAGAACAUGGCCAAGGUCCUGGAGCUUUACGAGCCCUUCAAGUUCUUGUUGAUUGAGGAAGAGCGCACCACAAGCUUCUUCGAGGAUCAAUCCAAUACGCGGGAGACCUUUGCCGCAUAUCUUCAUCACCUGAGGGACACGAUCCGCCAGCUGCGAGAGCAGUGUCCCAACAUCCUGCAGAUGCAGCUCAUGCGAGUCGAUGCCACCGAGGUGAACCAAAAGCUGGAGCAAUGCGCGGAAGAUUGCAUCGCCAAGUUGUUGAAGUCCUUAGCCUUGAGAAACCAGGAUCGCUCUGCACGCCUUGUGAAGCAGUUUGAACACCUCAAUGGGCGCAUCAUGCGCCAGCCCGAGAACGAGGAACAGUUGGUGGAGCUGGAACUGGCUGUGGAAGAGGCGAAGGCCAAGACUUUGCCCAACCUGUUGGAGGAGUACGAGGACAUCAAAGCAUGGCUGUUCCUCACAUGGGAUGAGGACCAUUUGCUGGUGGAAGAGGACUACAAUGCCAUUUGGGCUGCUUCCCAGUGGAAGACGUACGGCGACAGCAUCGCCGAGCGCGAGCGUGAUCUGGAAAUGGAUCGCAUGAGCAUCGAGGGUAAGUUGAUCUCCAGAAGAACGGAUGUGACCGAGGAGUUGACCAACCUCAUGAACAGUGUGAACAAGUUCAAAGACAAAGGUCAAGUGCGUUACCUUGAGGAAUAUUUGGAUGACCUCAGCAGUAUCAAAAAGAAUUUGGCAUCACUCCAGGCUCUUUUGCUGCACGAUUUUCCUGAAGAGGUCCAGCAGUUCGACUGGGCGCGGUGUGAGCGAAUCCAGUACGAGGAGGAGCUGGUGGGUUGGGAACCUGGUGAGUUUGAGCUCAACGAGGCCCAUAGCGCGGUGGAGCCCUAUGACAAGCUAUGGACUUUGGUCUAUGAGCACCAGAAGGCGAGCCAGCGCUGGACACGAAGCCCCCUCUUCUCGGGCGAGCUGAAGCCAGAGACCGCGGAAUCCGGCGGAUUCGGACGUGGGGUGUGCCGGCGAUGGGGCGAGGGAAGGGAAGUGGUUCGAAAGGCGAGGUGGCGGCUGUCCUUUAAGCUCAAAGCCACCUUUGAACAGGACAAGCUCACCAAGCCAGCCAAGGUGGCGGAAAAGGUGAAGAAUGACUUGGAUGCCUUCAAGGAGAACGUACCCCUCUUGCAUGCGCUGUGCAACCCCGGGCUUCGGGAGCGACAUUGGACAGAGAUCUCCAAUGUCAUUGGCUUUGAGAUGGGGCCGGAUCCCACACUGACCCUCAACAAGGCCUUGGAUCGAGAUAUUGGCGCCUAUGUGCAGAAGAUUUCCGAGAUCUCUGAGAGCGCGGCCAAGGAGUAUCAGAUCGAGAGUGGCUUAGAUCCUUGGAGUCGAACUCAACCACGCCGUGACACAUCCUUGCGAGCGGUGGAAUCGGCGGUGUGGCAGGAGGAUGGGAUGAUCAAAGAAUGGGAACCGGUCAUCAUGGAGUUCAAGGAUUGGGGCACCACUGGAACCUACAUUGUGGCAGGCGCUUCCAUUGAUGAGGUCCAGACCUUGCUGGACGAUCAUGUCAUCAAGACUCAGACCAUGAAGGGCUCGCCCUAUGCGGCAGAGUUUAAGGAGCGAUUAGAGGACUGGGAGAAGUACCUGACAGGCGUCCAGGACAUCGUGGAUGUAUGGUUGAAGGUGCAGGGCGUUUGGCUCUACCUGGAGCCAAUCUUCUCCUCAGAGGACAUCAUGCAGCAGAUGCCCACCGAGGGUCGCCUCUUCCGCGAGGUCGACGGCACCUGGCGUCAGAUCAUGGGCUCCUGUGUGGCGGCGCCCAAGGCUUUGGAGGUCUUCAGACAAGAUAGCUUCCUGGAGAACCUCCAGGCUGCCAACGACAAGCUGGAAACCAUGCAGAAGGGACUGAAUGAUUACCUCGAGACCAAGAGGCUUUUCUUCCCUCGUUUCUUCUUCCUGUCCAACGACAACUUGCUGGAGAUUUUGAGCGAGACGAAGGAUCCCAAGCGUGUGAAUGCGCAUGUGAAGAAGUGCUUCGAAGGCAUGCAGAGCCUCCAAUUCGAGGAGAACCUCAACAUCUCCGGCAUGGUGUCACCCGAGAAGGAAGUGGUUCCCAUGACCACCUAUGUCGACCCGGUGGCUGCGAAUGGAGCGGUGGAGAAGUGGCUGGUACAAGUGGAAGAUGCCAUGUUGGAGUCCAUCCGCGAUCAGUCUUUUCAGUCCCGCGAUGACUACGUCAACACGAGCUUUGUGGACUGGGUUCAGAAGUGGCCAGGGCAAGUGGUCAUUGGCAUUUUCAACUUGUUCUGGACCGCCGAGGUGAAUCAGGCAGGUUUCAGCCAGCCCGUUCAGCUGCAUGAGACCCUCAGAGAGCGAAGUGCAGAAGUUGCUGCAAGCUGA